AUGAUGGUAAUAUGCGAAGUGAUUGGAUGCAUUAUGUUCAGGGCCAAACUAGCUCUAGGCGAAAUUCUCAGCUACGAUGGUAGGCGCCUGCCACCGGCUAAGAAUAUGUUGAAAUUGAGCUACGCCUGUGAGUUGGAAGCUUCUGCCACGCACUACGCUGCCCACUGUCCAUCAAUGAGAUCUAGAGCGAGUAGUAGGCCGAAUCAAGGGGAGAACUUUUUGCGGCUUACAAAAGUCGGAUUUCCAAGUUUUGCCGGUGCUGUCAACAUGACUGUUUAUGACUGGUGGAGUGUUGUCGGUGAUACUCGUGGCAUUAACAAUACCGCAGAACUCAAAGCGCAUCAUCUUCGGUCUCCUAUAGCAUCUUUUACUCAGGUAAUAAUAAACCAUUCUCAAAAUAAAGCAAGUCUGAUUAUGACAAUGACAGAUGGCAUGGGCAACGACUAGAU